UGACUCUUUAAUUGUCUGUUUAAUUUUAUUAAUUGUUAUUGUGAAUGUUGGUGUUAUCCAAUAUCAUGUUACUCUACCUAAUUAACAAUACACUUUAAAAAGUAAUUGGAUUUCAAUUAAAUGAACUUUGUUUAUAUGAGCAUGUCUCUUGUUCAUGUUUCCCUUUAAUCAUCUGAUUACGUUAAUCAAUACAGAUUAAUACCUUUUAUUUAUCAUCUUUAGUUUACUUCCACCACCUUUUUUAUCCAUCAUCUUGAUCGUUAUUAAACUGUUAUUGUAAUUGUCAUCAUUAUCAUCAUCAGUCAUCAAUAAUAUUCAUAUUACAAAACCAACAUUUCCAAUAGAGUCUAUCAUGAUUCACUAAUUGCUUUUAGCUGAUAUAUUUUUCUUUAUUUCUAUUCUAUUGUUGAAUAAUCAUCAAUCUCUCCUGUUCAAGUGUUUCAAUAUCUUAUUGGUUUUAGUUGUCUGUGUUUGUGUGUUUUAUUUUCGUAUUUUUUACUUGGAUGAGAAUGAACAAUUCCCAUUACUCGAGAUUAUUAUUGACAUCAUGCUUCAAUCAACCUGGAUGAUAUUUUAUUUCUCAUCUUUUAUCUGUGUGUUGGUUAUUUUUAUGAACUAACAGGAAAUACAAAGGAAAUAUUUAUCUCAAAUUAUCAACAUCAAUGUUGUCGUCAUCACCUUCAUCAUAAAAUUGUGAUCAAAGUUUCAUUCAUCUAUUAACCUUCUUAACAUUUACUACAAUUAAAUAAUAUGGCUUCUAGUGAUGGUAUCACCACAUCAACAACUGUACCAACUUUAUCAUCUUUACCUACAUCAUCAAAUGAACCAGUAUCAUCUUCCUCUCCACAACCAACAACAUCUACGGGAAACAAUGAUCAUACCAUCAACUUGGCUCCAAUCAACAGCCACCAUCAUGUACACUCAUCACAUCCUCAUCCCCACCAAUCAUUAAAGACAACAAUGUCUACUUCAUCCAUCUCAUCCAAUAAUGCCAGUGAUCCUCUAUCACCUACCACUCCCACCUCAUUAACAGCUAAUAUUAAUUAUGAGGUAAUUCCACCUGGAUCAAUUAAGCGUGACUCUUAUAAGGACAGUAAACGAUUAUACCAGAAGCAGAAAAAGAAGGCCGUUGAAGAAUUACUUUCCAUUUUAAACGAUCCAACAGUUCUCGUGAUGGCGGACUGGCUUAAAGUCAGGGGGACACUCAAAAGUUGGACAAAACUUUACUGUGAGCUUAAACCUGGUCUUCUGGUUCUUUACAAAAAUUCCAAGACUCAUAAAAGCGGAUAUUGGGUUGGAACCAUUUUACUGAAUAUGUGUGAGAUAAUUGAAAGACCUUCUAAAAAGGAUGGAUUUUGUUUCAAACUUUUUAACCCUUUGGAUCAAACUAUUUGGGCUCCUCGUGGUCCUCGCGGUGAAUCAUUCGGUGCCAUUGUACAGCCUUUACCGAUGAACUAUCUUAUUUUUAGAGCUCCAUCUGAACAAGCAGGUCUCAAUUGGAUGAAAGCGAUAGAAGUUUCUCUUAAUUGUUCAAUUGUAUUGAUGAGAAGUGGGGGUAACCCUCGAGACACUUUAAACUCUUUCAUUAGUAAUUUAAAUUCUUCAGCUGAAGAUUGUUCCCCACCAACAUCAGCUAAAUUAGAUUUAGAUGAAAGUGAAAUUGAGCGUCACUUUAAAGAUCAUGAUUUGGAAGAUGAUACGCAAACUGAUCAUGAAGAAAAUCCUGAUACAGCUUCUCAAGGACACCAUUCAACUGAUUCUGAUUCAAGUACCAUUAGUAUACAUGAACCACGACCAUCUCGAGCAAUUAAACAAUCCAUCGGUGGAACACUUGGCUUUAAUUUAAGCCAAUCAAUUGAAGAGACGAUAAUUGAGACUAAUUACGUUGAAGAGAUUACAGAAGAUGUGUCAACCAUGGGCGAAGAAUGUCAAACCGAAGAGGUAGCUGAAGAGAACAAAUCUUUACUAUGGAGUUUAUUGAAACAAGUUCGACCUGGAAUGGAUCUUUCGAAAGUUGUUCUACCCACUUUCAUAUUGGAACCUCGAUCAUUUCUAGACAAAUUAAGUGACUACUAUUACCACUGUGAUAUCCUUUCUAAAGCGGUUAUCGAGGAAGAUCCAUUAAUACGAAUGAAAAAAGUGGUCAAAUGGUAUCUUUCCGGUUUCUACAAGAAACCCAAAGGUCUCAAAAAACCUUACAAUCCAAUUUUGGGUGAGUGUUUCCGCUGUUAUUGGGCUCAUCCGGAAACCGAUAGUCGAACCUUUUAUAUUUCCGAGCAAGUUUCCCAUCAUCCACCAAUCAGCACCUUCUAUGUAACUAACAGGAAAGAUGGUUACUGUAUAUCAGGAAGUAUACUUGCUAAAUCAAAGUUCUAUGGUAAUUCAGUUUCUGCCAUUUUAAAUGGCACUGCUAAGCUAACCUUUCUCACCCGUGGUGAAGACUACACCCUAACAAUGCCCUAUGCUCACUGUAAAGGUAUCCUGAUGGGGAAUCUGAGUCUAGAAUUGGGAGGUAAGGUUGACAUUAAAUGUGAAAAAACGGGCUAUUGUACUGAAAUGGAAUUCAAAUUGAAACCUUUCCUUGGAGGAUCUGAACUGUGUAAUAAUGUUGUCGGUAAAAUAAAACUUGGAAAGGAAACUUUAUGCACUCUGGAUGGACAUUGGGACACCCUGAUCAAAGUGAAAGACAAACGAACUGGUCAAGAAUCUGUUCUGUGGGAGGUUACACCGGAAGUAAGAAAUUGUAGACUCAAAAGGUUUCUGGUUCCAUUAGAUUCCCAAGAAGAUUUUGAAUCAGACAAACUUUGGAGAAAUGUAACCAAUGCAAUAAUUAAAGGCGAUCAAAUUGCCGCAACUGAUGAGAAGACCAUUCUUGAAGAAGAGCAACGCCGAGGGGCAAGAGAACGAUUAAUGAACAAAGAAUCUUGGACUUCUCGCAAUUUUAUCCACGAUCUGUGUAGCGGUGAUUGGGUUUACAAACAUCUCGAUUCACGUCCAUGGGAUCAACGAACGGAUGUAUUACAAUACGAACGAAACUUUCAAAUCCAAACCAAAACUCGUCAUAAAACACCAACAGUUGCUUGUCGAACCAGUUCAGUUGUUUCGAUCGAUAAUCCAUUGACUGCUGCUCGAUUGUCCACUCAUCGAUCUCCCAAAUCACCCAGAGACCAGAAGACUGAAAGCUUAGGCAGUGAACAUAGUUCAGUAUCGGCAACCUCGAAUUCGCAUCUCGAGAAUCGAACUGAAACCAACCUUCUUUUAGCUGGAAAAGGACAAAUUGAACAAAUUGUCGAUAAAUUGAAUUUACUUCAUGAUAAAUUAUGCACCAUUGAGAAACAACUUCAUCCUAAUGCCUCCAAUCAACCAAAAAGUCUACAACAAGGGAAGACGAAACAAUCAACAUCCCAAAGCAACUCAGAAAUUGUUGGAUUACUUGGUAAUUCUCAGCAAAUCAAAUUGAUUUUAGGAUUUUUGUUGCUUUCUAUUCUCAGUCAAAUCUUGAUUACCUUCAUUUCCAAAAGGUUGAAAUAAUGAAUAACAUUUCUAAAGAUUAAUGCUCACAAUUAAGCUUUUCUUUCUCAUCAAUUGUUCUAUUCUUCAUUACUAUUAUAUAACUUUUAUCAAGCAAAUCAAGUCUACAUUCAAAAUGGAUUUUGUGAUGAUACUUCGAAGAUAAUCCUUUCCCAAGAUUCUUAAUCUCUCCGUUUCCAACCUAAAAAUCCAGAGAGAAUCAACAAUCAUCAACAACUUUUCAUCUUCUCUCUUAAUUUUGAUCAACUCAUUCGAAUCAUAAUCUUAAUUACCUUUGGUUCCUUUGGUUCUUUUAAACAUAUUCAUUAAUAUGUAUAUCCUAGUCACUGUUCAACUGAAAAACAUCAACUAAUCAUUUUAUUAUUAUUGAUCCAGAUUAAAUCUAAUGAAUCAACUCUAAUCGGAUUGCAAUUUAAAUCAAUGAAAAAUAAGACUUCAUUGUCCUCAUUUUAAUAUGUUACACAGAAUGUUAAUUUUGUAAACGAAACAAUUUGCCAUUUUUUUCUCUUUCCCAUUUCUCGCUGUGAUUUAAUUACAUUAAUUAUCCAAGAAGAUGAAAAAGUUAAUGAAGAUAAAGAAUUGGAAACCAAAACAUGAUGAAGGAAAUGCCAUUAACUUAAUUUAUAACAAUAAUCAUUUACUUCCAAGAGACACAAUCAUUUGUUUCUUAAACUUUGAUUACCUUUUUCCAGUGAAAAUGAUUAAUGAUUUGGAAACGAUUUUGAUGAAAAAAAAAAAUGAUUAACACAAUAAAGUUAAAUGAUGUGUAAUAA